CGCUGUUGACCCUGCAGAUUACCAUCAUAAUCUCCCGGAUAGGUUCAAAUUCAACAUCGAAAGAUAUGGCCAGCGCCAUCCUCAAGAGAACUGGUCAAAAGAUGCCUCUCGUAGGCUUUGGUUUGUGGAAGGUCACCAAGUCGUCCUGCGCAGAUACUGUCUAUAAUGCCAUCAAAUCGGGAUACCGACUCUUCGAUGGCGCAGCUGAUUACGGCAACGAGAAAGAAGCAGGUGAAGGCGUUCGUCGUGCGAUCAAGGACGGCCUUGUAACGAGGGAAGAACUAUUCAUCACCUCCAAGCUGUGGAACACCAACCACAAGUACGAGAAUGCCAAGAAAAUCGCCAAGUAUCAGCUUGGUUUGUGGGGCCUCGACAGGUUCGAUCUCUUCCUUGUCCACUUCCCCAUCUCUCUGGCGUACGUUGACCCAGAGCAUCGGUUCCCCCCGGAAUGGUUUGGAGACGACGGCAAGGUCCACCUUGAGAACAGUCCCAUGCACGAAACUUGGAAGGCCAUGGAAGAGCUGGUUGACGAAGGACUUACUACUAACAUCGGCCUGAGUAACUGUCAAGGAUCUCUUAUCCUCGACGUCAUGCGUUACGCAAGAAUCGAACCACAAGUCCUUCAGAUUGAGCUCCACCCGUAUCUCACGCAGGAGCCGCUCCUGAAGCUCGCAAAGACUCUGGGUAUCGCGGUUACAGGGUACAGUUCCUUUGGGCCUCAGAGUUACGUCGAGUUGGGUAUGCACAAGGGUGUUCCGAGCCUCCUUGAGCAUGAUGAGGUCAGCGCUAUCGCUAAGCAACUGGGUAAAACACCUGCGCAGGUAUUACUUCGUUGGGCAACUCAGCGCGGCGUUGCUGUGAUCCCGAAGAGCAACAGUCAACAACGUUUGGAAGCCAAUCUGCAGUGCACCUCAUUUGAUAUACCUGAUGAACUCAUGUCGCGCAUUAGCGAUCUCAAUAUCAACCUCAGAAUGAACGACCCAGCUGACAUUGACCCUCGUAUGGCUAUCUUCGCCUGAAUACGAGGAAGACUGCGACGUGCAUUAUCGAGAGGAGAUACGGAUCCGUGCAUACUGCAUACGCCCUCCCAUUUCGUAUACAUAUCGUAGUGAACCCCGUGGGAUAGUACCGGUGAUGGCG